GGAAACAGUAGGUGGCGGAAUAGUGCGGAAAACGCCAAAUACUCCAAAGAGAAAGAAGAAGAAGGUAGAGAAAGUUACAGCAGCGGAGCAGAGUCUGUUGAAUUAGUUUCAGCGAAAACAUUUGCAGUAGAGUGAGGUUGAAGUUGUCAGGAUUAAUAAUGAAACGCAGCUACCCCAGCGAGGCAGAAAAAAGAGGAGACAAAAAAGAAUGUGGUCAAACUCCCCAAAUUCUCUUCUUUCUUUUCACACAAACUCCACGGCUAUCAGUCAACACCGUCAGCGCUGCAGCAGCUCCUCUCCCGAAGAUGAGUUUCACCUCUGCGACUGUCCCGAGUCCGUGUCCGGCCCCGGAAAAUGACAAUAAUGUGCCGAUGCAUCGGACAAUCCUGAGGCGAGGACAAGAUCCGCUUCUCUCCAUUGAGAGAUGCUCGGUGUGCUGCAACAUGUACCACUGUGACUACUGUACAAUGCUGCAUAAAUAUUUACACGAGGCACAAAAUCAUGUUACAAAUCACAUUCGAAAUGCUGUUCAACAGGAAGGUUUUGUCAUCAUCAAGUGUGGUCUAGGCUGCAGACAAACACCACACUUCCACUGCUGCUACUGCACAUCAACAUUAAUCAGAAGAGAUGCUCUGAUUAAACAUUUAGCAACUUGUAAACAUACGUCAUACAGACAGCCUCCACCCAUAGUGCCGCCAGCAGCACCACCUCCAUCCACAGCCAAAGUACCUCCAUCACAAAUACCUCCAACCCCAACAGAAGGACCUCCAUCCAAAGCAGAACUUCCAUCAGAAAUACCCCAAUUCUCAGCAAAAGGACCUUCAUCCACACCAGAAGGACCUCCAUCAGAAGGACCUCCAUCUACAGCAGACGAAUCUCCAUCAGAAGGACCUCCAUCUACAGCAGACAAAUCUCCAUCCACAGCAGACAAACCUCCAUCAGAAGGACCUCCAUCCACACCAGACGAACUUCCAUCAGAAGGACCUCCAUCCACAGCAGACGAACCUCCAUCAGAAGGACCCCCAUUUACAGCAGACGAACCUCCAUCAGAAGGACCUCCAUCCACAGCAGACAAACCUCCAUCAGAAGGACCUCCAUCCACACCAGACAAACCUCCAUCAGAAGGACCUCCAUCCACAGCAGAAGAACCGCCAUCCCUAGCAGACGAACCUCCAUCAGAAGGACCUCCAUCCACAGCAGAAGAACCUCCAUCCCUAGCAGACGAACCUCCAUCAGAAGGACCUCCAUCCACAGCAGAAGAACCUCCAUUAGAAGGACCUUCAUUCCCAGCAGAAGAACCGCCAUCCCUAGCAGACAAACCUCCAUCAGAAGGACCUCCAUCCACAGCAGAAGAACCGCCAUCCCUAGCAGACGAACCUCCAUCAGAAGGACCUCCAUCCACAGCAGACGAAUCUCCAUCCACAGCAGAAGAAUCUCCAUCCACAGCAGAAGAACCUCCAUCAGAAGGACCUCCAUCCACAGCAGAACUUCCAUCAGAAAUACCCCAAUUCUCAGCAAAAGGACCUUCAUCCACACCAGAAGGACCUCCAUCAGAAGGACCUCCAACCACAGUAGAAGGACCUCCAUCAGAAGGACCUCCAUUCCCAGCAGUAGCACCAUCGUCUGCAGUAAGAUUACGUGUCCGGCAGCAAGUCAGGGUGUCUUGCACACACUGUGGCAUUCAAAUAAAUAAAAAGAACUUGCUGGUUCACAUUAACAGAAAACACAGACACAACACUUCGCUGGGAAGAUUCGAAUUCCAAUAAUAUUGAGGAUUAUAUUGAUUAUGCAAAUGUUUUGCAGUUUUAUGUUUUGUAAAAAAAAAAAAAAAAAAUCUCAUGAA